AUGCUGGACCUCGAGGAACGCUGGAAUCGGAUUCAAGUGGGCCGUCAAGGUUCGUACUCGAUCGAACGCGUCGAAAGUCUUCAUUACUACUGCAAGACAACGUCAAGAACUCGAGUCAUCCUCAUUUGCAUUCUUACACCACUACCAGCACUGUGCUUAGCGGUCUUGUUGGAGUGUAUCCCGUUGAGUUCUCCGUCGGAAGGGUGGCAAGCUAACUGGUUGUUCUGGAUCCGCUUCAAUAUGAUGGGACUUACAAUAAACUUUGCGGCUGUUGCACAACUCAAGCUAUUUGUCCCAAGUCUGGCCGUCACGUUUAAGAAAGUGUUGAUCGCAUCCAUCGGUGCAAGUGUAGCCUUGAUGGGGAUAUGCGUUAUUUUAGCGAGUACUAUUGGGUUUCCUGUUCCUUUCGUUGUCCAAAUCGGAGGAAGUAGCAUGUCCAUUUUCAUCCCGUUAGUGAUCCGACUCGUGUUAGGCAAGGAGCCUUACGCGAAUAGCUCGCCUCACCGUCCUCAUAUACAGCGAUUCUAUCAGUUUACCAUGGUAUACAUCAUGUUGGUCGCAGGUUUCCCUUUCUACAAAGUUCUUUAUGACCAAUUACCAGAGAAAUAUCAAGGAUGUGCAAUAGUCAUCUUGCCAAUGUGGAAAUUUGCAGCGAAACAUCUCAUUAUCCGUGCUUCACGAGAACUGGAAGAUUUUAUCCCCGAAACGGUGGCUUUGUCGGCGGAUUUUGUUAGCUCGCUCUUCGUUACGGUGUGCGUUUCUACAUCGGAUUCACUGUAUCUCACUGCGGCGUUUAUUAUGGCAGACCUCGCACAAUCCAUGCUGGAAUUCAGAGAGGUGCAAGCGAACGCGAAUGUAGUGGUCAAUCUUCAUCAAGAGCGGCGGCAGUCAAGGGCAUACCUCAAAGUUAAAGCAGAAAGAAGUAUCAAUGUCCAGAAGGACAACUUGUUGACGACAAUGUUAGCUGUAACGCGGAAUCCUAGCUCCUUUAACAUCAGAUCUCUGUCUAGUACGCGGCUGAGGGCUUGUUUGCCUCAUCCUAUUACGCAAGAUCAAGCGAAUACUCUAAGAGAUCUUGAGAACUCCGGCGUCUACACAUUUAAUGCACCUACAAGAGCAACCAUAGUGGCAAAUCAACACAAAAUACGAGUUUCGAGUGUGGCGAUCGCACCAGAAUCUAGCGAUACCGACUCAAAGCUAGUUACCGAUAGCAGUGAAAUUAACCGUGAAGAUGUGGAAAAGUCUAAGCAGCUGAUUGUCCAAGGUCUGCAACUUCUGUUCCACUGUGAAUACCUCGCUCUGGUCGAGUACGUCGAGUGUAUUGUUCCACUUAUAUACGUGAUCUACAAGUCGGUGCUCGAGCAGCUACCAAAUAUCGACUAUUUUCCGGGAGGAGCCGGCAAUUGGGGAACACAAGCAAUUGUGAACGUGUUGGUUUCCGCAAUAUUGGAAAUUGGGUCGCUUAUUCUACUCAAUCUUGUCCUGCAACGCAAGUUUUCCUUUUCACCAAUGUACCAGCUUGCGUUUGUGCUCGAGACUCAAAUCAUUACGGUGCAGGCAAAGCUGCUUCUUACGAUUUUGGCCCUGCUGCAGUAUCAACUCGAGCACAUGGGAGCCGACUUCACAUUCCGCUUCCAAUGGUUGCAAGACUCGCACCCGUAG